GCAAAACAAAAAUCAGCAAGAAGAAGUACAAAAAUAUAAAAAAUAAAAAUACAGUUUCUCCACGACGUUCUUUGCAUUUGCAAUUAUUGGCAAAUUGUUAUAAAAAAACACUCAACGCGCGCACCCACAGUACGGUGCUGGAACGCGACUUGUGACAGUAGCAAAGAGACAUAGAAAGAAAAGAAGGAAUACUUCUAAAAGUUUCUUCACCAAACGCUUUUUGAAACAUAUUUUUUUGUAAGCAAGCUCGGCUCGAAUGCGCGUGCGUACUGCAUUCGUUGGUUUAGUGUUGUGUGUGUAAAGUGUUUGAAAACUUCAUGUUUUCGUCAAGCAAGUACCACAGUAGCAAUAAUAACAACAACAGCAAAGUGCAAUUAUAUUGUGAUUUUACAAAGACUACACGUAGAACUAAGAAAUAUAAAAAUUCGUUCACAUAACGCUGGCUUUUCAUAUUCAGAAGGUGUUCUUGGCAAAAUCUUUUUGAAAAAAUAAAAAAAAAACUUGAACAGUUUGUCUAUAUAUUACAUUAAAAUAUAUAUAACAAAUAAAUACUUGCUAUAAAAGUGCCAUUGCCUAGUCAAAUUGAAGGAGCGGCAGACAAGCGUCAUAAUCAUUUCAAUAAACACAAGCUCAAACGAAAGACCGAUAAAGUUCAAUCUUCACAACUAAGGAAAUUCCAUCGACUAUUUUUUUACAACCCGUAAAUAAAUAGUUGCAGAAUCCCAUAACGGAAAGUUUGUAAAAAACACCGUAAACCAAAACCAACGAUUUUUUAAGUGAUUCAUAUCACUUCCUCAUAUUUCUUUAUUUAAUUUUAUUCGUCUCGAUUCAAGCGAGAGAAAAGCCAACAAAAAACCGAACUCAUAGAAUGGUAGAAGGUGAUUCGAUUAAGAAUAAAAGUGAUUCCUAUAAUGUAGAGGCUGGCAUCCAACCAAACUACAAUAGCAGCAGAAACAACUCGAUCGACAAUCGUUCCAUUCUACAGCCCUAUUCGUUGGGCAGUGGCGGCAAAGAUCCCGAAUAUCAAUUUGCAGCAGUCAAUAAGGGUUACGAGACGGACAUAAGCAGCGCUGGCGGUGACAAGCAUGACGUAGAAAAGGGUAGUGCGGCCGUCAUUGAGGUCACCAACGGUGUCGCCAUACAUGGUGGCGGCAACGGCGGCGGUGGCAACAAUGGCGGAGGCUCUAGCGGCGAUGGUCGACGCUCCACUGGCGUACGGGCCGGUUUCGAGCAGGCCAUCGAAUUAUGCGGCUAUGGCAAAUUCCAUUAUAUCCUACUCGCAAUUUGCGGUUUGGUGAGCACCAGCGAGGAAAUGGACGUCAUCUCAAUGUCGUUCAUUCUGCCAUCGGCUGAAUGUGAUUUGGAUUUGAAUACGAGCACGAAGGGUUGGCUCAAUUCGAUCAUUUUCAUUGGCAUGAUGGUGGGCGCGUACUUCUGGGGCAGUAUCGCCGAUGCGGUGGGACGUAAGAAGGUGCUCAUUGUGAUCUCCUUCAUGAAUGGCUUUUGUAUUGUUGCAUCGUCAUUUUCGCAAACCUACGAAUGGUUUAUGCUGUUUCGCUUUCUCAACGGUGCGGCUCUCGGCGGCAGCGGUCCGGUCAUUUGGUCGUACUUCGCCGAAUUCCAGCCGAAAGCGAAACGUGGCUCCAUGCUGAGUUUCAUGGCUGCCUUCUGGACUUUUGGUAAUCUCUUUGUUGCCGGCCUGGCGUGGUUGAUCAUCCCCAGCGGCAUUGGCUUCAAAACAGAUUUAAUUACAUACAAUUCCUGGCGUAUCUUCUUGAUGGUGUGUGCCCUGCCAUCAUUCGUUGUCGCUUUCCUACUCUUCUAUCUGCCCGAAUCGCCGAAAUUCCUAUUGACCAAGGGCAAACAGGAGAAGGCGAUGGCCAUCUUCCGUGGCAUUUUCGUGACGAACACCCGCCGCCCGGCCGAGCAAUAUCCCGUUGCCGAAUUGGAAAUCGAUGAGAAAUUAUUGGCUGAGAUUAAGGAGAAUCAGGCUGGCGUCAAGGGCAAAUAUAGUAAAAUGAUGUCGAGCAUGGCCGAACAUAGCAAACAACUGUUCACCUCGCCCAUAUUGAAAUUCACACUCGUCUCGAUCAUUAUCAAUUUCACCUUCCACAUCGGUUACUACGGUCUGAUGAUGUGGUUCCCUGAGCUAUUCAAUCGUUUCGAGGAAUACGGUCGCGCUUUUCCCAACGAAACUGCUGGCGUUUGCACAGUCACCAACUAUGUCGUCAAAAAUAAUAUGAUUGAGGAAGACACCGGCGUCUGCUCAGCGCAUAUACCGCAAAGCGUGUUCCAGGAGUCGUUAAUUUCACUAGCUUCGGCGCUGCCAGCCAACUUGAUUGCCAUUUUGGGCAUGGACUUGUUGGGUCGCAAAUUCUUCCUUAUCUUCGGCACGAUGACGGCCGGUGUCUGCUCGGCUGGCAUGUUCUACGUCACUAACUCGACACAGAACUUGGUCGUGACGGCUGUGUUUAGCGGUGCUAUAUCGGCGGCCAAUGCGGCCUUGGACUGUCUCAUCACCGAGGUGUUCCCAACACAUUUGCGCGCUACAGGUGUGGCUAUAUCGAUGGUGGCGGCGCGUAUGGGUGGCAUCAUUGGUAACAUUGUGAUAGCUACACUUUUGGAUACGUAUUGCCCGGCACCGACGUUUAUUGUGGCCGUCCUAUUGAUAGGUGGCGGUCUCAUGUGUUUGAUGUUGCCCAACACAACGCGUAAAGAAUUGCAUUAAUCCAAUGGAAUGAUAGUUCUUAAAAACGAGAAGGCAAAAGGAGGAAGAAAGGUAAAGAGAGAAGAUGGAAAGUAGUAGAGGGAAAGGGAGAGAAGCAGAGAGUAGACACAAACGAGGUAAAAAAUACUCGGAACUAACGAAUUUCUAGAAUGAAUCCAGUUGAGUUGGGAACAAAUGCAUGUAAACAUACACAUAAAACCAAAAAAAAAACAAACCCAAACAUGCAAACACACACAUCUAAGUACUAAUGUAAUAUCGCUUAGGAACUUGUUGUAAAUUUUCUAGCCAUGUAAAAUAUGUAUGUAACUACCGAUUAAUAUAAAAGUAAAAAGUAAAAAACUUACAUAAAUAUGUAGUAUAUAUACACGUAAUUACCAAAAAGUGAAUUAAAAGUUUCAAAGUAAACGAUUAUAAAAAUGUAAUUUCAUAUUUUAAAUAAAACGUUUUAAUUAAGAUGAAAAAACGAUA